GUGUCACGGGAAGCAGCCGCGGAGGAGGGAGGGGCGGGGCACUUGAAAGCACCGUCCGACACGUGAGCUUCAUGUGACUCGACGGCACAGCGUGUGCGCGCGCGUGCGUUCGGAGCCGAGUACGUGCCCGCAGUCACAUGACUUGCUCCCCCCCCCCCACACCCCACUUCCACACACACACACGCCCAUUAGGCACUCACGCACACUCCACGGAAGCACCCUCCUGCUCAUAACAGUCCGCACCUUAAACGGCGACAACACACUUUGGAGUCCGGGCUGCUCUCUGGGGAACUUUUAUUUUUCGCGCGUGAUUUUUUUUCCCCACUCUCUCACUGCAAAAAGUGCAACAACUCCCACACUUGGAUCGUGUUUUUUUUUCUUGAAGUAUUUACUUUGAGUUGUAAGAAGUUUUUUGCAGCCAACAUGGAAGGGAUUACGAGGGCGCAACCGCCGCCAUGUGCGUCAAAACACUCCUCACUGGAUAUGACUGACAUGCAAGGAAUGGAUUUUCCGAUUUAUGUGUAUAAAUCCAGGAGAGGCAUGAAGCGCGUGGACGAGAACAAGGACACGUACAAGCUGCCGCAUCGAUUAAUCGAGAAAAAAAGGCGGGACAGGAUCAAUGAAUGCAUUGCCCAACUGAAGGAUUUGCUGCCGGAGCACCUUAAGCUUACAACGCUGGGUCAUUUGGAGAAAGCGGUGGUGCUGGAGCUCACGCUCAAACACGUCAAAGCCUUGAGUGGCCUGCUGGAGCAGCAGCAGAAGAAGAUCGCGGAGCUGCAGAACGACCUGCGGAUAACUGACCAUGGCGGUGACGGCCCGGAGAUCAGCGAGCAGAUGUUCCGCUCAGGAUUCCACCUGUGCGCCAAGGAGGUCCUCCACUACCUGGCGUGCCAAGACGCCAGUCGGGACCUGGCGCCGUCCAACGUCAUCAGCCACAUCCACAAGGUCGCUUCCGAGGUCCUCCAGCAGCGAAGCGACGCCGCCCCCCAGAGCUCGGAGAAACCGACGCAACGUGCCGACCAGGCCCCGAGAUCCGCCGAGGGCGCGGCCAGGAACUGUGUCCCCGUCAUCCGAAGGACUUACCCCAGUGGGACGGGGGAGCAGAGCGGCAGCGACACGGACACCGACAGCGGCUACGGGGGCGAACACGACAAGCGCGACGCCAAAGCGCGGUGGUCGGACAGCCGCAGGAAGGACGGGGAAGCGAAACGGACAGUCGACGGCGUCAAGAACGAGGGGGAGGAGCCCGGCGCCAAAAGGUUGAGGUUUGACUCCGAAGACGCCCCGACGUCCGGCGGCGGCCCCGGCAGCUACGUGACUUUCUCGCCCAAUCAGCAGCGGCCGCUCUGCCUCCCCUUCUACCUCCUCCCUCCCGCCGCCGCCGCGUACCUGCCCUUGCUGGAGAAGUGCUGGUACCCGGCGGGCAUGCCGGCCGUCUACCCCGGCGUGGCAGACGCGCUGACCAUGGACGCUCCUGUCCUCCACAAAGCUUUCAAACAGCACACCCCGCCUUUAACCUCGGACGCCAAAGAGUAGCAGACCUCCUGCGUUGGCGUGAUGGACACGAAAGUCGUAGAAGAAGACAAACUGUCACUGGCUGUGCUCAGAUGGCGCUCUGGAACACUGUGGAACCGUGGCGACGAGUGUGCUUAAAGGAUUUACUUCUGGUUUUUGGACCACUUUUGUGUUGAAUGUUAACCCAGAAUGUAAGGGACAUAGAAGCCCCGCCCCCAUCCUACAAAAAAAACCUUUAGAGUAGGGAUGUUCCGAUGCUGCCGAUCACGAUACCGACCAUCCAUGACUAAGAUACCAACACCGAUCACAUAUAUCAACUGUACAUUUUUCCAUUAUAUCGAGUGCUAUUGACAGUUUUAACAAUAUCAACCAAAUAUUUCAACUGGUUCCUUAUUCUCUUUUAUUACAUACAAUUGUCAAUAGAACUAGAUAACUAAACAAUAACGAAAAACUACUAUCUGCUAUUCAUUUAAACCAGGGGUGUCAAACUCAUUUUAGAUCGGGUGCCACAUGGAGAAAAAUCUACUCCCAAGUGGGCCGGACUGGUAAAAAUCACGGCACCAUAACUUAAAAAUAAAGACAACUUCAGAUCUUUGUUUAAAAAUAGAACAAGCACAUUCUGAAAAUGUACAAAUCAUAAUGUUGUUGUUGUUUUUUUACACUUACCGUACAUGUUGCGGUUAAUAGUAUUAAAUCUUUAUAUGUCGUUAUUUAUAUUUUCUGAAUAAAUUAUUGUUCAUCACAAGAUAAAUGACAGGAUGUUAUUUAUGUAGUUUGAUCAUUUUCCUCGACCGAUGUACUAACAUCACGUGGUUUAUUUUGCACAUACCGUAUUUUUCGGGCGCUCCGGAGUAUAAGUCGCACAGGCCGAAAAUGCAUAAUAAAGAAGGAAAAAAACAUAUAUAAGUCGCACUGGAGUAUGUCGCAUUUUUUGAGGAAAUUUAUUUGAUAAAACCCAACACCAAGAAUAGACAUUUGAAAGGCAAUUUAAAAUAAAUAAAGAAUAGUGAACAACAGGCUGAAUAAGUGUACGUUAUAUGAGGCAUAAAUAACCAACUGAGAACGUGCCUGGUAUGUUAACGUAACAUAUUAUGGUAAGAGUCAUUCAAAUAACUAUAACAUAUAGAACAUGCUAUACGUUUACCAAACAAUCUGUCACUCCUGAUCGCUAAAUCCCAUGAAAUCUUAUACGUCUAGUCUCUUACGUGAAUGAGCUAAAUAAGAUUAUUUGCUAUUUUACAGUAAUGUGUUAAUAAUUUCACACAUAAGUCGCUCCAAACUAUGCCAAACUAUGAAAAAAACUGCGACUUAUAGUCCGAAAAAUACGGUAUGUAGCAUCGUCUACAGAGAUAUAAAGAAUUGCUAUUGCGACAUCCAGUGGACACAUUUAGAACAGCAGUUUCUUUCAUUCAAAAAUUUCAGUUUGAUUUUUAAACUUAGCAAACUCGUCCCCACGGGCCUGAUCGGGCCGUACGUUUGACACCCCUGCUUUAAAACCCUUUGGGGUUUUGGCCUCAAAGUCCACCUGUGUCCAGGGAAUUAUUCCCCCCCCAGUUUGUAAACGUUAGCAUGAGCUUGUGGUUUCGAGUUAGCGUUUAGCUUAGCGGUUAGCAUGCCUGCUGUUGGCUUUCUCUCAAGUGUGAAACAUGGGGAACUUAAUGAUAGCUCAAAGUCCACCUUUGUCCAUGGAAUUAUUUCCCCCAGUUUGUAAACAUUAGCAUUAGCUUGUUGUUUUGAGUUAGCUUAGCGGUUAGCUUAGCAGUUAGCUUAGCGGUUAGCAUGCCUUCUGUUGGCUUUCUCUCAAGUGUGAAACAUGGGGAGCUAAUGAUAGCUCAAAGUCCACCUUUGUCCAGGGAAUUAUUCCCCCCAGUUUGUAAACAUUAGCAUUAGCUUGUUGUUUCGAGUUAGCUUCGCAGUUAGCUUAGCAGUUAGCUUAGCGGUUAGCUUAGCAGUUAGCUUAGCGGUUAGCAUGCCUGCUGUUGGCUUUCUCUCAAGUGUGAAACAUGGGGAACUUAAUGAUAGCUCAAAGUCCACCUUUGUCCAUGGAAUUAUUUCCCCCAGUUUGUAAACAUUAGCAUUAGCUUGUUGUUUUGAGUUAGCUUAGCGGUUAGCUUAGCAGUUAGCUUAGCGGUUAGCAUGCCUGCUGUUGGCUUUGUCUCAAGUGUGAAACAUGGGGAACUUAAUGAUAGCUCAAAGUCCACCUUUGUCCAGGGAAUUAUUCCCCCCAGUUUGUAAACAUUAGCAUUAGCUUGUUGUUUCGAGUUAGCUUAGCGGUUAGCUUAGCGGUUAGCAUGCCUGCUCUUGGCUUUCUCUCAGUGUGAAACAUGGGUAGAUUAAUAAUAGCUCAAAGUCCUCCUGUGUCAGGGAAUUAUUAUAUUAUUAUAUUCCCCCAGUUUGUAAACAUUAGCAUUAGCUUGUUGUUUCUAGUUAGCUUAGCGGUUAGCUUAGCAGUUAGCUUAGCGGUUAGCAUGCCUGCUCUUGGCUUUCCCUCGGUGUGAAACAUGUUGAGCUUAAUGAUAAAUUAUAACAAUACUUAAAAAUGUAGUGUAUUUGCCGUAAUGGAGGUGGUUAUUAUUAUUAUUAUUGUUAUUGUAUGGCCACACAUAAUUUACUGCUAGUCAGCCAGAGAGGAUCGGUGUUGGUAAUUCGGCAUUAAAAGGCCUACUUUUUUCCACGGAAAUGGUCCCGAUGUAUCGGCACGUCCCUACUACGGAUGUAUUUGCACACAUGAAUGUAAGGAGUACACAGAAAGGCUGUAGAUACCGCUUGUAUAGAUCUACUGAUUUGUGUCCGAGCACACACACACACACAAUAUAUCUCCACUCACCAGGCGGCCGAAGAUCUUGGGGAUCGACCCGUGUAGGCGAAGACUUCAGGGCGUGUUUGAUGAUCAGAACUUGUUUUUUUUUCAACAUUUGUGUUUCUACUACUCGUACAUCUCUAUUUUUGAUACGUGACCUAAUGAGUGUAUUUGCGGUGGCGGUUGUAGCCAUGUGCUGUAUGCCAGGAGUGUACAAAGCUUUUUGUUGUUGUUGUUUUCCACCCGUAUCGCAGCUACCCUCAAUUUCCAGUCUGAUAUCAGCUCAUGAUGCCUUUUGACUCAUUUAGUGCGCACACUGAGGAUUGUUAACGUGUUUGCUUUACAUGUGGCAAAGAGAGUGAAUGUAAACAAAAUAGUUUUAUAUGUAGAGAGGUACUUGGGGAUGAUGUUUUCAUGUCCGCAUUUUGUAAAAUGUUAUUAAAGUAUUAAUAAAGCAGUUUUUUGUUUU